AUGCAUGCAUUGCAUUACCGUCGUCUGCCCACACCAGACCACACUCACCACACACACCAUCUCAGGUCACAGCAGAGCCAAACCAAUGAUUUGGAAGCAUUGAGUCAAAGAGAGGGACUUUACCGCCUUUUACUGUGUGUUGAGGUUCGAGAAGGCUGUGUCGGCAAUAGCGAAGCUAAAUUUAAACACGUUUUCGGCUUGAACGUCUGGACUCUCAUGGAUGAAGCCAGAUGA